AUGUACGCGAUGGUGAGCAUUGACAAAAUGUUCCCGGGAAAGUUCACGGAAUCGAUCUUUGGGCUCGUGAUCGAGCAUUUUCCGCCGCGAAUCGAUUUUUACGAGGAGGACGCGAUUGUGCAUUUCUUUGAGUUCGUCCGGAAAACACUCCCGUGGGUCUUUUUGCGCGGGGCGGAGCGGAUCGUGCGGGGAUACGCGAGGAGACUCGCCGUUCAGGAGUUUAGCGACGACAUUCUGGAGAUGAUGCGGACGCACGUUCAGUUCGUGCAGAUGCAGAACCAGGCGCAGUUUGAGAUGCUGGUGAACUCGCUGGGAGUCGGGGAGCGCGAGGAGAUUCAAAAGUUGUUACAAAAUUGGCAUGUUUGUUGGAUUUCCAAAUUGUCGUUGCGUGGGACAGCCCAGCGGGGAUGA